AUCAUUCAGCUCAUUGCAGCAAACAGCAAGAGAAAAAAUGAACGUGGCAAAUUGUUGUAAGGAUUGUGAUCGAUUGAAGCCACGGACAUCGGGGACUGCUCCAGUACGACCAGAAUUCCAGCAGCCCACCAUGUAUGACCACUUUCCAAAUUUCCAGCGUUUCAAAACGCAGAAACAGGAAGAGCACGCCAUUGAGAAGCGAAAGGGGGAACUUCUUCAAAUGAACACGAAUUUUACCAACUGGAAACCGACCAAUAGUAAGGAUGUGUUUGAUCAAUUCAGCACUCAGGAUGUUGCAUUAUUUCGCCAACAAAUUCGCUUAGCGCAAAGUGGUGAACGUUCAAUUUUAGAGAGUCUCACGACGACAACAGAAGCAGGUGCUUCAAGUGCUAUUGGCACCGGCACUGCUGGCGGAGGCGGAGGCGGAGGCGAAGGCGAAGGCGAAGGCAAGUCGCUGAAGAAGAAAGGCUCGCUACUAACAAUCUCGCGCACACCCGUACAAUGUCCGAUUGGCGCAUGUGGCCGCACUAUAGGCGUGACGUCGGUAUUGUCGCAUUACUUGCGUGAUCAUAGCGAGGAUUUUGGUGUGCAGUGUCAAGAAAUCUAUGGCGGUAAGCGCUCGGUGUUGAUUUUCGAUCCGACUACUUUGGAAUUUCGUGAUAAUGUGUGUUUGGGUGUGUUAGCGUAUGGAGGCACCAAGGAAAAAUGUUCAGAUCCUCCCGCCAAGCGUGGCAUUUGCAUCCAAAAUGCCUUCCUGCCAAAGCCAAAUGAACAUCUAGAUGCACAUUUGCCCAUACUGAUAAUGGCUUGCCGUACAUCCUGGAGUGCGUUAUUGGAGGACAAGGAGCUGGAAGCUAAAAUAACGAAACCUGAAAAUAUGAAGCAACACCUGCUGGUCAUUUGGUUGGUGAGCGUGCAGUCCACCAAGCCAAUACAUUGCACUCUAACCGCUUACGACCAGACGAUGACAACGUCGCGGAGCAUCAUCGCACAAGUGCGCCAGCUGACUGAGUCACAAAAUCCAAGUGAGUUUCUGGUUAACGAUACGAAUAGUUUGCGAUUGAAUUGGGGCGAAAUCAAUAUACUCUCAAAUGAUGGCAACGAUUGCAUUCACCUGGAGGUUAUGAUCACUGAAUACGAUCAAUAA